CAUCAAUUUAUUUUCAUGGUUUUUGGGCGAUACAAACAACCUUUUGCAAGUUUCAAAAUUGCAUUCAACAAUUGCAACAAAAGCUGCAGCCAUGACCUCGGCCACUCCCCCGUCCUCACGUGGCUCCUCCCCCGAAAAGGUGUGUCACUCAACGACCCAGACGGAGGUUCUGAAGCCGCUGCUGGGGGCGGUGGGGGAGGCAGCGGCAACGGUCUGUGCACUCCGACGGAGACGACGCAUUCUCUCCAAGGACGGGCACAGCAACGUGCGCAUCGAGCACGUGAGCGGGCGCGGGGCGCUGUACCUGCGUGACAUCUGGACGACCUUCCUGGACAUGCAGUGGCGCUACAAGCUCUUCCUGUUCUCGGCCACCUUCGCCGGGACCUGGUUCCUGUUCGGGGUUCUGUGGUACCUGGUGGCGCUGGUGCAUGGAGACCUGCUAGAGUUUGACCCGCCGUCCAACCACACCCCGUGUGUGAUGCAGGUGCAGACCCUAACGGGGGCGUUCCUCUUCUCGCUGGAGUCCCAGACCACCAUUGGCUACGGCUUUCGUUGCAUCACAGAGGAAUGUCCUGCCGCCAUCAUCCUCCUCAUCCUCCAGCUUGUCAUUACCAUGGUUCUGGAGAUCUUCAUCACAGGAACCUUCCUCGCCAAGGUGGCGAGGCCCAAGAAGAGAGGCGAGACAGUGAAGUUCAGCCGGCACGCCGUGGUGUCCAAUCACGAGGGCCGACCCUGCCUCAUGAUCCGAGUGGCCAACAUGCGCAAGAGCCUGUUACUGGGCUGCUCGGUAACAGGGAAGUUGCUCCAGACAUCCCAGACCAAGGAGGGGGAGACGUUGCGACUGGACCAGAGGAACGUUCCCUUCCAGGUGGACAUGUCCAGCGACAGCCCCUUCCUCAUCCUCCCACUCACCUUCUACCACGUCAUUGAUGACAGCAGCCCACUCAGAGCCUGGGCCAUCAAGGGAGGGGGAUGGACGGAUCCGGAUCUGGCAGACUUUGAGCUGCUGGUGAUCAUGAGUGCCACGGUGGAGCCCACCUCCGCCACCUGCCAGGUGCGCACCUCCUACCUGCCUGACGAGAUCCUGUGGGGGUACGAGUUCCCCCCCGUGGUCUCCCUGUCCCCCUCGGGGAAGUAUGUGGCCGACUUCGCCUUCUUUGACAAGGUGGCCAAAACAAAGACCACCCCCCUGGUCAAACAGGCCUCGCCCCCAAGCCCAGCCAUGCGCUCCUCCCUUUACCAUGGCAGCAACAGAGGGGGCGCGGAGGAAGGGGCAGACCCGGAGAAGAUCAAACUGGAGGAGGGCUAUAGAGGGGAGGAGAGGGGGAGGGGCAGGGGGCGAGAUAGUAGUCUUCUCAGUGUCCGUAUCAGCAAUGUCUAGAGAGAGAGAGAGAGAGAGAGAGAGAGAGAGAGAGAGAGAGAGAGCACUAGUAGGAUGCAAUGAGAGAGCAAGGAGAUAUGAUAGGAGAUAUGUAUGGACAUUGAACAAUUAUCAAGUGAGAAAACAUUAUUGAAUGCAAUAGAGAAGAGCUGCUCCCCUGUUGGGAAACGUGAACACAAAACACACACACACUUACACACACAUGCGCUUGUGUUUUGGAUUUGAUGGGAAUGUAUCACCCCUUGUGGUUGAUGAGGAUUCCACAAGCAAUAACCUGGAAAGGGACAACAAACUGUACAUCCGAUCUGGGUUUACUGUACUGUAAUCAAAGAUGGACUAAAGGGGCUUUUUAAACUUCAUAUGUCUGUAUUUUUUUAAAUGAAAGUACUUGUGUAACUAUAAAGGUUGACUGGUUUAUGUGAACAUAACAUGGUUUACUUGGACAUAAUCACAGAAUCAUGGUACUGUCUGUUUUUUACACAAAAAGGUACUGGGAGUGGAAGCACUGGAAAACAAACUAUUUUUCUUGAAGGAUUUUGAAUAAAUAUAUCAUAUUGUA